CAAAGGUGAUAAUGAGUUCCUGCAUGCAUUAGGCCUAAAAAACAAACACAAUCAAGCCGCAAUCUCCUAUGUGGGGGCGGUUUUUAAAAUGAAAUCCUAAAACCAAAGUACUCACAAAGUAAUCGCAAAGUAUAGGGGAAAUCUGAGUGAACCGGUCAAAACUCAAAAAAAUUGCAUGUAUCUGAUCUAGCAUAGAACUCGAUAAAACGUGUGCAAAUGUCUCGAUUGAUUGAUUGCAUCUUUACCCAGUUACGCAGAUUAGCGAUGCAAAACCAAGGCGUUUCUCUAUUUCCAACUCAGGAUUCGCGUUAAGCGUCAAUGGGUCAGAUGAAUACAAGCUACGUCAGGAGCUUUUAAGGAACAUGGACGUUAUGGUUCGCCCAGUCACAUCAAGCUCUGAUGCUGUAAAUGUGUCUUUUUCUCUGACAGUUUGGGCGUUGGUGGAUUUGAAGUGGAACAACCCCUUCCUCGUAUGGGACAAAGACAAGUAUGGAGGUAUCGAUAGAAUCCAUGUCAGCCCAAAAGAAAUUUGGGUUCCAGAUAUCGUCCUCUACAAUAAUGGAGAUAAACAGGUUCUCCAAGCAGGCCACACUGAAAUUUUCAAGAACUGGGUAGUACUCAACAGCAAUGGUUCAUGCAUCUGGGACUCUCCAGCAAAUAAUGAAAGCAGAUGUAAUGUUGAAAUCAGCUCGUUUCCUUUCGACGAGCAGGAGUGUUCCCUUCUCUUUGGAUCUGCCACGUACGGAAGCGAGUUGCUCCGCAUUCAUUCCAUGCAUCCGGGAGAUGAAUGCAAGCAAACGAAAGAAACACUCCAUGACAAUAAUGGAGAAUGGGAAAUUGAAUGCCUCAACGAAACAAUGUACGUCUCGGCAAUGAAGCAAAGAGCGAAUUCGGCCCAAAAAUACUCGUUUGCCAAAUACACGCUGACAAUCAAGCGAAAACCAUUGUACUACAUCAUGUUGCUGAUUGUUCCUUGUGUGCUUUGCACCUUGCUGGUUCUCAUCAGUUUUGCCAUUCCUCCCGAAAAUGGAGAGAGAAUCGGCUUCUGUGCUACCAUUAUGAUCUCAAUCAGCGUUUAUUUGCUCAUAAUGGCCGAAAUGCUUAUAGAAAAGUCGGACACGCUACCUUCCCUCGGCAUUUGUUACAUCAUUACGAUGGUCGAGAUAGCUGCAGCACUGAUGGGCACCAUUCUUGUGUUAAGGGUGUACCAUUCAGUAAGCGGGCCGCCUGCGCACUCUGGCUCACACUGAAUUAGAUGUCGACAUUAAUUCGUUGUGGAGUUCCCGCUCGCAGGUUUACGUUGGUCUCGGCCAAAUUCCUUAACUGGGGCGAUCAUAGAAACUCGAUUCGUGGCCUCGUUCGCAG